AUGGCGUCACUGCUACUCUUUCUCUGUGUUGCCGCCGCGCACCUGGCGGGGGCCCGAGACGCCACCACCACCGAGGAGCCCAGAGCGACUGCAUGGGGCCUGGAAGGACGGUCGCUGCUGCACCCUGUCCAACCCUCACCAGCCCUGGAGGACUGGGAAGAGGCCAGCGAGUGGACGUCUUGGUUCAACGUGGACCACCCGGGAGGUGACGGUGACUUCGAGAGCCUGGCCGCUAUCCGCUUCUACUACGGGCCGGCGCGAGUGUGCCCAUUGCCGCUAGCGCUGGAAGCGCGCACCACGGACUGGGCUCUGCCGUCCGCCGUCGGCGAGCGCGUGCACUUGAACCCCACGCGCGGCUUCUGGUGCCUCAACCGCGAGCAGCCGCGCGGGCGCCGCUGCUCCAACUACCACGUGCGCUUCCGCUGCCCGCUCGAAGCAGUGUGGGGGGCUUGGGGCCCUUGGGGACCCUGCUCAGGGAGCUGUGGGCCAGGCCGUCGCUUGCGCCGCCGCCACUGCCCAAGCCCCGCUGGAGAUGCGUGUCCGGGGCGUCCCCUGGAGGCGCAGAAGUGUGUGCGGCCCCGGUGCCCAGGAUGCAGUCCUGACACUUGUGAGUGCCCUGACCACAUCCUCUUGGGCUCAGUGGUCACCCCAUCUGGGCGACCGCUGCCGGGAGCCAGAGUCUUUCUGCGAGACCAGCCUGGCACCAUGGCCACCAGCGAUGCCUAUGGAACCUUCCGGGUGCCUGGAGUCUGUGCCGGCAGCAGGGCUAAUGUUAGGGCCCAGAUGGAUGGCUUCUCUGCAGGCAUGGCCCAGGCCCAGGCCAAUGGCUCCACCUCUGCUGUGGUCACCAUUGUCCUCGAUAAGUUGGAGAAGCCCUACCUGGUGAAGCACCCUGAGUCCCGAGUGCGAGAGGCUGGUCAAAACGUCACCUUCUGCUGCAAAGCCUCAGGGACCCCUAUGCCCAAGAAAUACUCUUGGUUCCACAAUGGGACCCAGCUGGACAGGCAAGAACACAGGUAUGGGGCCCACCUGGAGCUGUGGGAGCUGCGCCCAGACCAGGCAGGCACCUACCAUUGCAAGGCGUGGAAUGAGGCGGGCACCGUGCGCUCCAGCACUGCCCAGCUCACCGUGCUGGCCCCAGGCCAGCCAGCCUGUGACCCCCAGCCCCAAGAGCACCCGAUCAAGCUCCCAGAUGACUGUAGUCAGCCAGGCAGCGGCCCCACCUACCUGGACGUGGGCCUCUGCCCCGACACCCGCUGCCCAGGUCCCACAGGCUCAAGCCCUCGGUGUGGGGAUGCCAGUUCCCGCUGCUGCUCCGUGCUCCGCCUGGAGAGCAGGGAGAUCCACUGCUCUGGCUACGUCCUCCCGGUGAAGGUGGUGGCCGAGUGCGGCUGCCAGAAGUGUCUGCCCCCUCUGGGGCUGGUCCGUGGCCGCGUGGUGGCUGCUGACUCCGGGGAGCCCCUGCGCUUUGCUGGGAUCCUGCUGGGCCGGGAGCCCAUCGGCUUCACGUCCUACCAGGGCGACUUCACCAUCGAGGUGCCGCCCUCCACUGAGCGGCUGGUGGUGACUUUUGUGGACCCCAGUGGCGAGUUCAUGGACACUGUACGGGUCCUGCCUUUUGACCCUCGAGGUGCCGGCGUAUACCACGAGGUCAAGGCCAUGCGGAAGAAAGCCCUGGUCAUUUUAGAUGCCAGCCAGAGCAACACCAUCCCCCUGGGAGAGCUGGAAGACCAGGCGCCCUUGGGCGAGCUGGUCCUGCCGCCUGGAGCCUUCCACCGAGCCGACGGCAAACCCUACCGGGGGGCUGUGGAGGCCCGCGUGACCUUCGUGGACCCGCGAGAUCUCACCUCGGCGGCUGCCGCCCCCAGUGACCUGCGCUUCGUGGACAGCGACGGCGAGCUGGCGCCGCUGCGCACCUACGGCAUGUUUUCGGUGGACCUCCGCGCCCCCGGCUCCGCAGAGCAGCUGCAGGCCGGGCCGGUGGCCGUGCGCGUGGCCGCUGGGCACAUCCAUAUGGAGGGCCACCAGGAGGCCCUUAAGCUGUGGUCGCUGAACCCCGAGACGGGCUUGUGGGAGGAGGAGAGCAGCUUCGGGCGCCAGGGGCCCUCGACGGCGCGGGUCCGCCGCGAGGAGCGCGUCUUCCUGGUGGGCAACGUGGAGGUCCGGGAGCGGCGCCUGUUCAACCUGGACGUGCCCGAGCGCCGCCGCUGCUUCGUGAAGGUGCGCGCCUACGCCAACGACAAGUUCAGCCCCAACGAGCAGGUGGAGGGCGCGGUGGUCACGCUGGUCAACCUGGAGCCCGCCCCCGGGUUCUCGGCCAACCCCCGCGCCUGGGGCCGCUUCGACAGCGCGGUCACCGGCCCCAACGGCGCCUGCCUCCCCGCCUUCUGCGACGCGGACCGUCCCGACGCCUACACGGCCCUCGUCACGGCCACCCUGGGCGGCGAGGAGCUGGAGCCGGCCCCCUCCCGGCCCCGUCCGCUCCCGGCCACCGUGGGCGUCGCCCAGCCCUACCUGGACAGGCUGAGCUACCUUCGGACCGACCACGAUGACCCGGCUUUCAAACGCAACGGGUUCCACGUCAACCUCGCCAAACCCAGGCCGGGGGAGCCCUCCGAGGCCAACGGCCCCGUGUACCCGUGGCGCAGCCUGCGCCAAUGCCAGGAGGCCCCUGUGACCGCCAGUCACUUCCGCUUCGCCCGCGUGGAGGCCGACAGGUACGAGUACAACGUGGUCCCCUUCCGCGAGGCCGCGCCCGCCUCCUGGACCGGCGAUCUCCUAGCCUGGUGGCCCAACCCACAGGAGUUCCGGGCCUGCUUCCUCAAGGUGAAAAUCCAGGGCCCGCAAGAGCACAUGGUGCGCUCCCACAACGCGGGGGGCAGCCACCCGCACACCCGGGGCCAGCUCUACGGGCUGCGGGACACCCGCAGCGUGCGAGACCCCGCGCGUCCCGGCACCUCUGCUGCCUGCGUGGAGUUCAAGUGCAGCGGAAUGCUGUUCGACCAGCGUCAGGUGGACAGGACGCUGGUGACCAUCGUGCCCCAGGGCAGCUGCCGCCGUGUGGCGGUCAACGGGCUCCUUCGGGACUACCUGGCCCGGCACCCCCCGCCCGCGCCUGCAGACGACCCAGCUGCCUUUGCUAUGCUCGCCCCCCUAGACCCUCUGGGUCACAACUAUGGCGUGUACACAGUCACUGACCAGAGUCCACGGCUGGCCAAGGAGAUCGCCAUCGGCCGCUGCUUCGACGGCUCCUCCGACGGCUUCUCCAGGGAGAUGAAGGCUGACACUGGCACAGCUGUCACCUUCCAGUGCCGGGAGCCACCAGCAGGCCGGCCCAGCCUCUUCCAGAGGCUGCUGGAGUCCCCGGCAUCAGCACUUGGUGACAUCCGCAGGGAGAUGGGCCAGGUGUCCCGGGCACAGGCCCGAUCUGUGGGUCCCCUCCGCACUCGGCGGGGCAGGGCCCGGCAGUGA